AUGGGUCCUUAUCGGGUGGGGAAGGUCAUUAUCAUUGUUGCUGAGGAUUUCUGUGAUAUCUCUGCCCUUCAGAAGUACACUGCAGACCCUAGUAACGAGCUCCUCGAGGAGAUUCAACGCAACCUGGACAUCACAGUUCAACGGUGUAAACGGCAGUUGAAGACCGAUAGUCGGGAGCAGGACGUGAAGGACUGUCAUGCGGCGAUCGAACAGACCUACAGUCAGUGUAUGGAGGCGGCGGAGUUGGCGGAGGAUCCGAUGAAUAAGAGUGAAGUGAGGCAGUACCCCAUCCACACGGAUUGCAAAGUUCUGGCAUCUCCCAUCUCGAACGACAAGAAGGAUGUUCAGCAAGAAAUCCGAAGGUCGACAUCGAUCGCUCUCGAUCAGCGCAACGGGCAGUGGAAGGAGUAUAUGAAUCGAGUUGCUCAACAGCGUGCACUGGUCUCUCUGAAGCCGCAGUACUGCCUCGAUGACUUCGACUUGGGGGAUAUUGUGGGGACUGGUCGUUUUGGUCGAGUUCGGAUCGUGAAAAUAAAGGGUGCCGAAGAUCGAACGCCUUUCGCGUUGAAGAUUCUUUACAAGUUGGAAGUUAUACGCUUAAAACAAGUUGGACAUGUGCGGGCGGAAAGGGAAAUUCUGCAGAGACUCAGUCAUCCGUUUAUUGUCAAUCUCUUCACCACAUUUCGUGAUGAAAUAAGAUUGUUUAUGCUGAUGGAGUACGUGAAUGGUGGCGAGCUGUUCUCGCUAAUUCGGAAAGGCGAACGUUUACUCAAUGAGGAUGCUAGAUUCUAUGCAGCUGAGAUAGUGCUGGCCUUCGAAUACUUGCACAGUUUGAACAUAGUAUACCGCGAUUUGAAACCUGAGAAUCUUCUUAUAGACUUUGAAGGACAUAUCAAAAUUGCCGAUCUUGGUUUCGCGAAAGUGGUUACUGAUCGAACGUGGACUCUGUGCGGUACACCGGAGUAUAUGGCACCGGAGACCAUUCAGUAUCAAGGGCAUGGUAAAGCUGUGGAUUGGUGGGCAUUGGGAGUUCUCAUUUUUGAGAUGAUUGCUGGGUAUGUGCCUUUUAAUGAUAGAAAUCCACUUGGAAUAUACCGAAAGGUUUUAAUAGGUCGAUUAGAGUUCCCCAGGCAUUUCGAUAGCAAAGCUAAAGACUUGGUGAAACACCUGCUAGUCCGGGAUAGACGCAAGAGAUAUGGUUGCCUGAGGGACGGGGUUGAGGACAUCAAAAACCAUAAAUGGUUCAAAGGCAAGGUUGAUUGGGAGAAGGCAUUGAAGAGGGAACGAGCGGCACCAUUCAUACCCCACGUGCAAGGCGCUGAUGAUACCUCGAUGUUUAAUGGGUACCUUGAGGCAAGUGGAUACUCAUCGCCGAGUGAAUAUUCAUCGGCGUAUAUCGAUGGCGACGAUAAUGAAGAUGCUUUCAUCGACUUUUGA